AUGGGUCUGGGCGUUCUUCCCGAUCGUCACCUCGUCGAUGUUCCUGGGACAUCUUUUCUUAGUGAAAAACGUUUACCUGGUAGCUUGGAAGAGGCGACAGCCACGACAAGCAAUCAUGCUAACCUUAAGCACGACCCUACUGGCAAGAUUGUUCUUGUUCCUCAACCCUCCGAUGAUCCCAAUGACCCCCUCAACUGGCCAGCUUGGAAAAAGCACAUGUUUACUCUUUCCAUCAUCAUCGGUUGCGGUGCUGUAGGUGCUGUAGGGCCUCUUCUAGGUCCAGCAAUGGUACCUCUUGCUGAGGAAUUCGAUGUACCUCUUCAAAGAUUUACUCUGGGUUUCACUGGAUCCCUUCUUAUAUCCUUGGCAUUUGGCAACCUAUUCUGUAACUCAUUGGCUAUGGUGGUCGGUAAGAGGCCAGUCUACCUCUUCACAACAGUUGGGUUAUUAGUCACGACUAUCUGGAGCGCAGUUGCCAAAGACUUUAUCUCUCUUGCCGUCUCCCGUGGUAUCCAAGGACUAUGUAUGUCUCCGAUGGAGGCCCUGGUCCCUGCAUCAAUUUCCGAUGUUUGGUUUGUUCAUCAAAGGGGCCUUCAGAACGCCAUCUUCAAUUUAGGUGUUCUCGGUGGCAUCAACCUCGCUUCACCAAUCGCUGGUGCAAUAAUAAAUGCCUAUGGCUACAAGACCUGUCUCUGGGCCAUGGCUGGUGCUUUUUGCGUUCAGCUUUUGCUCACUAUCUUCUUUAUGCCGGAGACAACUUAUAAACGCGAUAAUGACUUGGGUGCCACAGCGGACACUUUCACAAAGAAAGUCACGGCCACCGACGAUAACAAAGAAUUUGUAUCAGAAGUUGAGAAUACUGUUCCAGCCCAUAACAGUAUAACCAUUCCAGGGAAACAUUCGUACAUAUACACACUGCGACCCUGGAGCGGAUACUGGGAUUCUUCUGGAUUUGUGUAUAGCAUUUACGCACCAUUCAAGAUGCUCGGGUCUCCUGUGGUUGUUUGGGGAUGUUUCCAGUUCACCAUCUGCAUUAACUGGCUAGUUCUGUUAGCCAAUACGCAGUCUCAGAUAUUCAGUGCACCUCCAUACAACUUUUCCGUUGCACAGGUGGGAUUAACGAAUCUGUCAUCCUUUGUCGGGACUUUUAUUGCAACGGCACUGGCUGGUGUAAUGGUAGAUGGACUUGCUAAGUUUAUGGCGACUAGAAAUCAGGGAGUUUACGAACCAGAGUUUCGCCUUCCAAUUCUUGCACUAUUGGCCACGCUCAGUGCAAGUGGUUUCUUCGGCUGGGGUCAAAGUCUUGCCAACGCUGAGCCAUGGCCCAUCCCUGUCAUUGUUUGUUUGGGAUUGAUCAACCUUGGUAUCCAAUUAGGAGUUGUGGGUGUUGUGUCUUAUGUGGUCGACUCUCAUCGCCACGAGGCUGUUGAAUCAUUCGCCAUGAUGAGCUUUGCCAAGAAUAUCUUUGGCUUCGGAAUGACCUUCUAUAUGAAUGAUUGGAUUGCUCUUCAAGGUGUGAGGGAUGCAUUUUUUGUUAUUGUAGGCAUUACUAUUGCUGUUAGUAUGGCCACUAUUCCCAUGUACAUUUUUGGAAAGAGGGCGCGAAGCUUCGCAUUUCGCUAUGGUUUCCUUGCAUGA